AUGCUGUCUUUUAAUGAGAUUAAGUCUUCUGCUAAGCUUCUCACCACGUCUGAAGACAGAAGAAAUUAUAACCAGGUGGUUCAACUUGUAAACGAUUUGAAAGUUGACGAUGAGACGUUGAAAGAUGAAAGUAGACUAAGAUUUCUGGUGGUUGCACUUUUACAAAUUUUCAAGAAAAUGUUUAGUCGAGGUGAUCUAAGAUCAAAGGAUGCAUUGGCAGAAUGGUGUAGACAGGCAUAUGAAACUUUUAAAUCAAGAUUGCUUCAAAUCAUCUCUGAAUUACCCGUAGAGACUUCUCUAGGUUUAGAUUCCGUUGAUAUUUACAUGCAAUUAAUCGAACAGGAAUCUGUUUAUUUUGCCGCGAGAGAAGAUGCACCUUAUUUCCCCAAUAAUACUUUGAGAUCUUUGAUUAAGGCCCUUUGGAGCUCGCCAAUUCGUUCCAGUGGCACCAAGGAAAUGGCCAGUGGUCAAUCUGAAAACCCUUUGCUGAUGGAAUUUGUGGGAAAGUAUUAUAAAAGUUAUGGAGAUAUUCAAUAUUAUUUCCAAUCUGAAUUUAACUAUUUGUUAGAACACGACCAAUACUCUACCGAGGAAAGCAUGGGUAAAUGGUUGGCUACAGUCAACCAUGAUUCUAGUUGUACUAAUGAAGGUGUGGAUCUAGAAAUUUUUGUACCGAACCCUCCACAAGUGGUUGAAAAUGAAUCUAAAUUCAAAACCCUAUUGGAGAAAAAUUGGUUAUUGAUGGUUCAUGGUGAGUUAUCAUUGGCUCAGUACAAAACUACCCUAUUGAUAUUGCACAAAAGGGUCAUUCCUCAUAUACAUACACCAACGAAAUUUAUGGAUUUCCUCACGGAUGCAUAUGAUCUCCAGAGUAAAGAUGUUAGUGCGGGAAUGGUACCCGUGUUGGCAUUGAAUGGUUUGUUUGAACUGAUGUUACGUUACAAUUUAGACUAUCCAAACUUUUAUCAAAAAUUAUACGGGUUAAUAACGGCCAAUUUAAUGCAUGCCAAAUACAGAGCUAGAUUUUUCAGACUUAUGGAUACAUUUUUGGCAUCAACCCAUCUUUCUGCUCAUUUGGUAGCAUCUUUCAUCAAAAGACUAUCAAGACUAACGCUGAAUGCUCCACCCGGUGCAAUUGUUUCUGUUAUCCCAUUUGUUUACAACCUUUUGAAGAAGCACCCAAGUUGUAUGAUUAUGCUCCAUAAUCCUGCCUAUAUUACCGAUCCAUUCAUGACACCAGAAGAGACUGAACAUGUUAAAAGUUUGAGAGGAAACUACGUGGAUCCAUUUGAUGAUAAAGAACCUAAUCCGGAAAGGACUAGAGCUAUGGAAUCAUCACUAUGGGAGUUAGCGUCAUUAACGGAGCAUUACCAUCCAAAUGUAGCUACUUUAGCCAAGAUCUUUAGCCAACCAUUCCGUAAGAUGAAUUAUAACAUGGAAGAUUUCUUAGAUUGGAGUUACGAUUCUUUAUUGGCGGCAGAAACUUCAAGAAGGCUCAAGGUUUUACCUACUCUAGAAUAUGAAAAUUUCGACCAACUUUUUGGUGAAGCGAACACAGAAGGUACUACAUUUUUAACUGGCGUAGAUUGGUAA